CAGUUCUGGAGUUGUUUCUGCAUUUACCACCUGAUGUUUGUGUCUGUCCUUUUAUAUCAGAGACAUGUCCUCAAAUCAGGUUGAGAUUGCUGCCCUCGGCCGUCCUUUCGCCUUGGGAAUGCUGUAUGAUGCUCGCAAAGAUCAGCUGAUAACAGGUUUCUCGCUUUGCAACAAAGAAACAAUCGAGAAGAACACUUCUACUAAGGCUCAGAACAGCAGCUCUUACCAUGUUACUGCRUCCGACACCCUUGAAUCCAAGUCUUCUCUGCUGGACGUGAAUGUGUCGCUUAAAGCCAGUAUCCUGGGUGGUCUGAUUGAGGUUGGAGGAUCUGCCAGUUAUCUGAAUGAUAAGAAAAAAUUUAAGAACCAGAGCAGAAUCACCCUUUAGUACAAAGCCACAACUAUAUAUCAACAUCUGUCUCUGUCUCAUAUUGAAAAGAAGGAACUGGAUGCUAAAAGUUUUAAUCCAAAUCUCAGAGCAACACAUGUAGUGACAGGCAUACUCUAUGGAGCAAAUGCCUUUUUUGUGUUUGACAGUGAGAAGUUAGAUUCAAGCAGUCUUCAGAAGAUUGGGACCAGCGCAGAAGUUGCAAUUAACAAGAUUCCAGUCUUUAGUUUUGAGGUGAAAGUUAAAGUAGAGCUCACUGAUGAAGAAAAAGCUGCAACUAAUAAGUUCUCCUGCAAAUUCUAUGGAGACCUAAUUCUGGACAAGAACCCUGCAACCUUUGAGGAUGCAGUCAAGACGURCUCCAGGCUUCCAGAGCUCCUUGGAAAAAAUGGAGAGAAUUCAGUUCCUAUUAAAGUCUGGCUGACUCCUCUGAAGGAUCUGGAACCAUCUGCGUCAGAGCUGAUGGGAGACUUUUCUGUCGGUUUGGUCAGAAAAGCAACCGACACUUUGGAAAGUAUCAGAGAAAUGGAAAUGAGAUGCAAUGAGGCUCUGGAUGAGAAAGUGGUGGAAUGUUUUCCAGAGCUUUGUAAAAAGCAUAAGCGUUUCCAUGAUCUCUGUAAUGACUACACAACAAUGCUCAGACAGACCAUGCAGAAGAAGAUUCCCCUGAUUCGUGAAGGUAAAGAAGAUGAAAAGUCUGUACAGAAACUCCUUGAUGACCACGAAAAAUCUCCAUUUAAUGAGGAAUACUUAGAUAAGUGGUUAGAUAACGCAGAGAGAGAAAUCAACAUUAUCAAAUCAUGUGCAGACAUUAUGGAGGGAAUCAAGACGGUCCCAGAUGAGUCUGACUUGGACAGAGAAGCUCUGGCUGCAGGUGUAGAAAAUGCUCUCUGCUUUGUUUUCACCUCUGUGGAAACUGAUGACCCCUUCACUGAACAGAUGACCAACUAUUUGAGCAGAGAUAAGACAGCAACCCCACCCAGUGUGACUGCACCCACUAAGGACCACUGGUUCUUCUAGAUUGUAACCAACAUGAGGAAAAAAGCCAAAGAGUUCUACACCAUUGCCAAAUACUUGAAAAGCAGCAGUAAAUUUCGUUUCCUUGUAGCAGCUCUGCCAAAUAAGAAAUUCAAAGCAGCAACCAUCUACCAGUACAUGGACGGCCUUUUGAAAACUGAAGACUUCUCAAAACCUGUUAUUACUGAUGAAAAAGCCAACUUAGAUCGA